AUGGACAUUGACUUCCACCCUGGUGUCAACGGGUCGGACCCGUAUGUCGACUUCUACCCAUACACUCCCUCCGCCACAGCAGGAUACGCAUUCCUGGUUAUAUUCGGCAUUGCGACAGUUGUCCACCUGGUCAUGAUGUUUCCAUUCCGCGCUGCAUAUUUUAUACCUCUCGUUCUAGGGGGUGUUUGUGAAUCAUUCGGAUACUACGGCCGGGCGUGGUCGCAUGAAGACCGAACAGAAAUUAGCUCAUGGGCACUCCAAGAAAUGUUAAUUCUUUGCGCCCCUCCACUCAUCGCCGCGACAAUCUACAUGGUUCUCGGUCGAAUCAUCCGGUCCUUCAACGCCGAACAUCUAGUCAGCAUGACUCCGAAAAAGAUCACGGUCAUAUUCGUACUGAACGAUAUACUCACCUUCUGCACGCAACUUGGCGGAGCUGGUGUUCAAGUCACCGGAGACGCGCAUGUUAUGGCGAUCGGCAAGAAAGUCGUUUUGGCAGGUCUGAUCUUCUCUCUGGUUGUGUUUGCGUUCUUCAUUUGGAUUGCGGUAACCUUACAUCGAAGGCUCAACAAUACGCCUACGGAUACUUUGAUGAUGAAUGAUCUUCAUUGGCGGCGUUACAUGUGGGCUUUGUACGCAGCCUGUUCUGCGUUGAUGCUUCGAAAUCUUGUUCGAACUAUCCAGUUCGGAGCAAGUGAAAGUUCCACUGUUAAUCAGAAGGAGCUUUUUAUCUACGUCUUUGACGGCUUCCCCAUGUUCUUUUCUAUGAUUGUGUUGGUGGUUUAUCACCCUGGUCUUCUUAUUAAGAAAGCUCGCCGGUUGGGCAAGGUUGCUGCUUUCUGUCGGAAUAGUUACACCGGCAUACCGUAG